CCAGAGUCUCGUCGGGAGGAGGGAGGGCGAGGACUCUCCCAAGUUGGCCCCAGUUGGCAGCACUUCGGGCAGCGCUGGACUGCGGGCAGCGCUCGGCGGCUCACGCUGAACAAAGAAACCCCCUUUCCCGCAGGGGCUGGGGAGCAGCGCUGGGCUGGCCCAGGCCCUGCACCUGCCCGGCGCCGGCCCGGUGCCCCCGGGCUGGCCUUUCCCCGUACCCCGAGUGCGGGCGAGGCUGCCCGUUUUCCUGGUAAUCCUUGAGAAACCUGGCGAAGGGAAGCGGGAAGAGGCGCUCCGCUUUCCCGCCCUCCCUGCCUCCUUCCCUCGCUCUCUCCCUCUCCUUUUUUUCCUUUUUUUUUUUUUCCUUUUAAAUUUUAUCCCCAGGCGGCACCGGUGUGGGGGGUCCCUUUCUCCGCCCCAGGGGCGCCGGUGCCCGGCGCGGAGCGGGGCAUAUGGGGCGGCGUUUCGGGAGGCUUUCGCCUGCUCCUCGCUCCCCCGCCGGAUGCUGCCUGGGCUGUUUUGGCUGCUUUUCUUCGCCGGCAAUGAGGGCUCUGCCUUGAAGAUGGAGAUGAUCUGUUUUUUAUUCCUGUCUCUGGUGCCGGUGUACAGCAGAGGACAAGGGGUUUACGCUCCUGCUCAGGCCCAAAUCAUCCAUGCUGGGCAGGCAUGCGUGGUGAAGGAAGACAACAUCAGUGAACGUGUUUACACAAUUCGGGAGGGGGAUACGCUGGUCCUGCAGUGUCUGGUCACAGGACACCCCCGGCCACAGGUGAGAUGGACCAAAACUGCUGGCAGCGCGUCGGACAAAUUCCAAGAGACGUCAGUGCUUAACGAGACCCUUCGGAUUGAGAAGAUCCAAAGGCUGCAGGGGGGACGCUAUUACUGUAAAGCAGAAAAUGGGGUUGGGGUCCCUGCCAUCAAGUCCAUUCGAGUAGAUGUGCAGUAUCUCGAUGAACCUGUUCUCACCAUUCACCAGACCAUCAGCGAUGUACGUGGCAGCUUCUACCAAGAGAAGACUGUCUUCCUCCGCUGCACUGUCAACUCCAACCCACCAGCUCGCUUCAUCUGGAAACGGGGAGCUGAGACGCUUUCCCACAGUCAGGACAAUGGUGUUGACAUCUAUGAACCCCUCUACACACAGGGUGAAACCAAAGUCCUGAAGCUGAAAAACCUGCGGCCCCAGGAUUACGCCAGCUACACGUGCCAGGUGUCUGUCCGCAACGUCUGCAGCAUCCCUGACAAAUCCAUCACCUUCCAGCUCACAAACACCACAGCCCCACCUGCUCUGAAGCUGUCUGUCAAUGAGACGCUGGUGGUCAACCCUGGUGACAACAUCACUAUGCAAUGCUCUCUGACAGGCGGUGACCCACAGCCAGAGGUGGUUUGGUCUCACUCUCCUGGCCCAAUGCCUCCUAAUAGCCUUGUGCAAGGAGGCAACCUCACCAUCUGGAGGAUCCACGUGGAGGACUCGGGCUACUACAAUUGCACAGCCAUCAACAAUGUGGGGAACCCAGCAAAGAAGACCGUGAACCUGCUGGUGCGGUCCAUGAAGAAUGCCACAUUCCAAAUCACCCCUGAUGUGAUCAAAGAGAGUGAGACCAUCCAGUUAGGGCAGGACUUGAAGCUGUCAUGCCAUGUAGAUGCUGUCCCUCAGGAGAAGGUUGUCUAUUCCUGGUACAAGAAUGGGAAACCAGCCAGGUUCUCAGACCGGUUGCUCAUCACCCGGAAUGACCCCGAGCUCCCACCUGUGACGUGCAGCUUGGAGAUUAUUGACCUGAGAUUCAGUGACUACGGCACCUACCUGUGUGUGGCUACUUUCCAGGGAGCACCCAUUCCUGACCUCAGUGUGGAGGUUAACAUCUCCUCAGAGACAGUGCCACCAACCAUCAGUGUCCCUAAGGGUCAGUCCACCAUCACCGUCCGGGAGGGCUCCAGGGCUGAGCUGCAGUGCGAGGUUCGAGGGAAGCCCAAGCCACCCAUCAUCUGGUCCCGGGUAGAUAAGGAAACGCCCAUGCCUUCAGGGACAAUGACGAUGGAGACAUAUGAUGGGAAGCUGCGCCUGGAGAGCGUGAGCCAAGAAAUGAGCGGGACCUAUAAGUGUCAGACAGCCAGAUACAAUGGCUUUAACAUCAGACCCCGGGAAGCCCUGGUGCAGCUCAACGUGCAGUUCCCCCCCGUCGUGGAGCCAGCUUUCCAGGAUGUGCGCCAGGGCGUGGGGCGCAGCAUCACCCUGCGCUGCACCAUGCUGAAGGGCAGCCCUAUGAAGGUGGCCACCUCCAUCUGGCGCUUCAACGGCACCCUUCUGGCGCAGCCCCUGUCAGAGCAGCAGGACUACUCGGAGCUGAAGGUGGACAGCGUCAGCUGGGAGACCAGCGGUAGCUACGAGUGCAGCAUUUCCAACGACGUGGGGGUCUCCACCUGCCUCUUCCAGGUGUCUGCAAAAGCUUACAGCCCAGAGUUUUACUAUGACACUCCCAACCCCACCUUGAGCCAGAAGCAAUCCAAGAAUUACUCUUACGUCUUGCAGUGGACACAGAAGGAGCCCGAUGCUGUGGAUCCCAUCCUGAAGUAUCGCUUGGAAGUCCGUCAGCUGGCUCAGAGAAACACCAUCCAAACCUUCAUUCCUGUGCAGAAAAUGGAGAAAGGCCUGUUGCUGGAGCACAUCUUGCCCAACCUGAAAGUGCCUCAGAGCUAUGAAGUUCGCCUGACGCCCAUCACCAGCUUUGGGGCUGGAGAUAUGGCUGCCCGCAUCAUCCGGUACAUGGAACCAAUCAACUAUCCCAGCCCAACAGAUAACACCUGCCGCUUUGAGGACGAGAAGAUCUGCGGCUUCGUGCAGGACAAGAUGGACAACUUUGACUGGACCCGGCAGAACGCCCUGACACAGAACCCCAAGCGAACCGUCAACACGGGACCCCCCACAGACAUCAGCGGUACACCGGAGGGUUAUUACAUGUUCAUCGAGGCAUCCCGGCCCCGGGUGACAGGAGACAAAGCCCGGCUUAUCAGCCCCCUCUACAACAUUACUGCCAAGUAUUACUGUGUCUCCUUCUACUACCACAUGUACGGGAAGCACAUCGGCUCCUUGAACCUGCUAGUUCGUGUGCGGAACAAGCGAGCCAUCGACACCCAGGUCUGGUCGCUCAGUGGGAACCGGGGGAACAUGUGGCAGCAAGCACACGUGCCCAUCAACCCACCUGGACCCUUCCAGAUCAUCUUCGAAGGUGUCCGGGGCACGAGCUACGAGGGGGACAUUGCCAUUGAUGAUGUCACUCUGAAAAAGGGGGACUGUCCAAGGAAGCCAAUUGGACCAAAUAAGGCGGUUGCUCUUCCAGGAAGCGGUGUCCCGGCCCUGCAUAGCCCUCGUCUUUGUGGCCCAUUGACUUUCUUCCUUUACAUGCUGCUCAGAUGAUGGCAAGCGAGCCCUCCUGUCUUCAGACCGAGACAUUCCUGCUCCUUCCCUACUCAGCCACCUCUGCUCCUCUUCCUCCCCUCCUCACUGGCACACCAAAGUGUCCAUAUGUUACCAAAGACUGACAGGCAUGACCACGCAAAGGGAUCUGGUUCAGAACUGGAGCACUCCUUGAGAAAGUCAUAAUGUCUAGAACAAAAUUUAAAAAUAAAGACAAAAAUUUUUUAAAAGCACAUGCAUGAGAGAGAGAGUGAGAGACACAGAGAGGAAGGAAGGAAAGAAACAGAAACACACAGAAAAGAAGGAGUGAAAGACAAAAAAUAGGAGUGAAGAAAUGUGAAGAGCAAAUGAAGGAGGAAAAAAACACCCCCAUGUUUCCUUGGGAAUGUCGGACAGGGCUUCCUCAGGGAAGUGGGAACUUGUUUUAAACAAACAAACAAAAAUAUAUUAAAGCACAAAUUUCUACCAGAACAGUUACCUUCUUUACUGCAGAGUCCACAGCUUAGUGGAUGAUAUACCGCAGUACUCCCCUUGUCUCCCCAUGCUUUCCCGCUGGCUGGGGCUGCCCCGCUCCAGCUGCAGCUCCCUGCAGUAAUGUCAUCCUCAACCGUGGGGCAGCAGCCGCCCCGCAUGCCAGUGGCUGGAGCACCUUGCCUCGUGCCGCAUGUGCUUCAGUGUCUCCAUCCAUCCACAUCUUCCAGGCUCUCAUGUAUUUAAUUGCCCCCUGUGUGGUUUGCUUUGGCCUCUCCCCACCGCUCUGUGCUUCUCACCCACCAGCCUGAAGAAGAUGGAGCAGGAAUGGACCCAUCACAUGGACCACGCCGAGUGGUGGAGAAGUCCCGGCUGGAUCUGGCUGCAGCGUUGACCUCUGAGCACCUCUUUCUCUCUCUCAGCACUCUUGCUGGGUGGAGAAACUAUGAGAGCAGGUCGGAGCUGGAAACAGAAAGGUGUCUCUGUGGGGCUGAGGGAUGGGGUGGGGUGGGGUGGGAUGGUAAGGGGGGAAACAGUUGCACAUUGGCUUCCCCCUGUGAAUGCUGGGAUGACAGUUGCCUCAGCCCUAAGCCCAGGAUUGCUUCUCUGCCUCUCUUUUGUUACCUGUUUAUUUUGGUCUUUUAUUCCAUUGCUUAACUUCCCCCACCUCAAGCUUUUUGGAUUGUGGGAAGAGUCAGGUAUUUAAACCUUCUUCAGCCAGACAGCGGGUCCCGUGCCCAUGACCCAGCCCCUGGGCCAGCAAUUCAGGCAGCUCUGAUACUGCCCUCACACUUUCUGAGGCCUUUUAGCAAACACAGUGCGUUAGCUGCAGAGUGGGCAAAGUGUGGCAACAGCAUCGCUGCUCAAGGGAGAGGUGGCUGGAUUUUGUCAGCAUGUGCAGUCUCGCAGGCACUCAGCUUCCACUGCCAAAGUAGCGGGCAGAGUUGCUGAAAGGUGGAACAGGCAGGAAAGCUUGACCCAAAAGAGGGGCUCAUGCUGAACUGUGGCCCUGUUUGCCACCGAGGAACAGGGAUGGCGGAAAUUCACCUUUUUCCUGCUAGCAUCACGGAGGGUAAAGCUGGUGUCAGAACUGCAGCAGGUCUGGCCUGACCUCCUCAGGGUGGAGGCACAUGCUGCUCCAGAUGAACCCCCAGGAGAAGGGUCUGCCCUGCACCAGCCAAGUGGGAGCUGUGAUAGCCUUGUCGCAACUGGAAGCAGCUCUGGGCCUGAUUUAUCUUCCUGCACAGGGCAGAGUUAGGCUCACAGGACUGUGAACUGGGGUUCACUAGCCUACGCUCUGGCAGUUCAGUUAAGUGGGACUCUUCCCUCUAAGGGACACCCCAUCCAAACUUCAUUAGCUGGGGCACCACAGAUGUACAAUGAGCUAGCGCUCUCACCAGAGCCCCAGUACCCAUGGCUCCUUACCCAUUUCUGAUGAACAGAUCAGCUUCUCUGAGACAACUGUGUGUCUAAAAUCACCCGAAUGUAUUAGCUGCCUCCUGCAUUGCUCAGCUUCCAGCAACAGCUGGUGCCUCAUUUCAUCCACUGUGGAGGGGGAAAGCUCUUAUUUAACUCCCAAGAGAUCCAGUUUGAAGUCUUGAAACCCAUCACUCUCUAGCUCCUGGAAGGGCAUUCAUCUGCACUCAUGCUCUCUGGCCACUAUCGGAGGAAGAAGGGACAUCAGCUCUGAGGGACAAGGGGACCUCCUUCACAGGAGGCCUCGCAAGACAGUGAAAGGGGAUGAUACGGGUCUGCUUCUGUUGCUUUUCUCCACUUCCAAGAAUGUGGACCAUGUCUUUUCCAUCUCCACUCCUCCCUCCAGACCUAGACGUUGAUCACACUGCAUAUUUGACUGGGAGACCUGUGGCUGUCUCCCAGGGCCAGGCAGUGUUGUGGGAUGCUGACAGUGAUUCUGGUUCUUGCUGUCUGUUGCCAUUUUCAUGGGCAGCCAGUGCCACCAUCAUCUUUUAGCUGAGUUCUUUCAGUCCUAUGCUCUUCUUUUCCUCCAUGCUUGUUGGAGGCCAGAAGUCAUCACCCCACUCCUUAAGAGUCCACUUUCACUCCUAGGAGAGAGACAAUGCUUUCCAGGGGCCCUUGGGUGCUUCAUGAUGGCUCCUGAUCCGUCAGCAGCAAAACAGUUGUGUUAUGUUGCUGGUUCCAGGGGUAUUCUGCUGGGCACAAGGUGAAGACAGGAGCGUUUCCCCAUUGGUAAGAGAGUGCCCAGGAAAACCAUCUCACCCUCUAGGCUCUGAAGCAGAGACCCUCGUGGCCUUGCUUCUACUGGCUGUUUAUCCAGGGUUGCACAAACGUUUUGCUGAUGUUUAGUGGGCAGCAGAGGUACUGUGGGGCUGGGGAGGUGCAGCCUGAAAGUUCAGGAUCACAGACAAAGCGUUAUCUGUGAGGCAAGUGUCAGCAAAGGGGCACCACAAUUUUAGAAAGGGACAUCUGCAGGGAGGGUGUCCAUGCCCUGCUGCCAGCUCCUGUGAGGAAGGAUGUAAGUGCCUCACCAAGCCGACCCACGGCGCAGGGGGCAAGAAGCCCAUUGGUGGCAGUGGGUCCAGGGCAGAGCAAGCAGAUCACCCCAGCCAGAUGCAAAGCCUUCUCCUGCUGUCAGGCAUGAGACCAUCAGCUUCAGCAAAAGUCUCGGGGAGCCCCUUCAUGCUUAGACCUCUGCUCCUCUCUGGCUAGAAAGCAGCUGGUGGUGAGUUUGGGGGAAAGUCAUUAACCCAAGUGCCUCAGCUUGUCAGAAGUAACAAGGACGAAAGGAGGGACCUCAUUUCCCUGGCAGAUGCACUGAGAGUGUAGUAGAGGAAAGAGGCACUUCAGCAGCAAGGAUGAGAAGCUGUGCAGUUACAGGGUGGGGGAAAGGCAGACACCCUCCUCUCUGAGGGCAGUGGUAUUUGUGGUUUACUACCCCAUGCCUGAGAGGGCAAUUCUCCUUGCAGUGGUAGUGCAUCCCAGGUGAGAUAUAAAGCCAUGCUCCUUACCUCUUGCAAUUAAAGAUCCCCUCACACUUUUCACAGUGUUCUGGCUAAAUUACAGUCCUUAAACUUAAUUACAGACUGUCUUCUUAAGCAUCUGUUGCAGUCCUAACAUAAUGUUUCUCUUCCUGAUGUUUUAUGUUGCUCUGUGCCUAUUGAGUAGCUGCUUUAUUCCACUCCAGAAGUGGCUGCAUUUCAGUCAUGGUGGAGAUUAUUCCUGUACAUAGUAUGAAAGUCCCUGCAGAAGAAAAGUGCAAUAUAAAUUUAAGAGACUGCUUUUAUUUACAAGGAGACCUCUGCUUGGUAGUUGUAGAAAUACAUUAGGAAGAAUGCUGUGUGGGUGUUAGCCGAUAUAUACUCAAUUUCUUUUUUUUUUUCAGGGUAUAAAACGGAAAAUAUGUGAGUGUGCAGGCUCCUGGGUAUAAGUUGUAGAUAUUAGAAGUAGUGAAUGCUACUGUGUAGUUACAAGUGGGGCUUACAAAGAAACAUUCAUUUGAAACCUCUUUUUGUAGUUGUUCAUUGUAUUCUGAAAUAUAUACUUUUUUUAUUAUAAUUUUCCACAGUUCAGUGCAAGUCCCAAUAACAGGUCAUCAACAGGACUUUAAUCCAUGGCUUUUAACAAUAUGAACAUCAAUUCCUACCGCUUGCUCUGAAAAGCAACUCCUGGCUGGUAAUAGCAAUAGACUAUUUUUCGUCCACGUAGAUCAGCCGCUGGAAAGCAAUGGAGCUAAUAUACUUCGUUUGAUGGGGAGUUAAGUAAUUUGGAAUGCCUGAGCACAACUCUUCCCAGCUGUAUGGGAGUGAAAAAACGUUUCAUCUAUAUGAAAAACGUGUAGUGCACAAACGGUUUGGAAACUCCUAAAGUGAAGUGUCGUGAUUGGCAUGCAUGCAGAGCUGCCCCAGCAGAGCUGCACAGCGUGCUGCCUGAAGAGCAGCUGCAGCACCAGCGAUAUGGAGCCCUUCUUCUGAAAAGUAGCUUUCUUCUGGAAGGAAAUAGGGUUGCAAUCAGGGACAAAGUCGGGGGGGUGUCAGAUGUUCAGUCUGGUAAAUUUCUUGGAAAAAUAAUUUAUGGAUGUAUGAAUGAGUGUAGUAAACAUGAUACAAAUUGUAUUUUAUUCCCUAUUGCUAUUCAAAGUACGGAAAUUUAAUUUCUUUCUAUACAAAAUCCUGUGGGUGCACUACUCCAGAACAACACAAAAAUGCUUUAGUACCAAAGGGAAAGUAGGGUUUGGAUUCCUCCUCCUCAGCCUGUCCCUAUCACUCUCUGCCAGGAAAAGCACCCUGCUUUUGGGUUGGUGCCCUGUGCUUCUCAGCCUGGGAGGGACAGUCACUGGGAGCUGCAAGCGGUGCUAGUGGGAGAAGCAUCCCUCCAUCGCACCAUCACUGCCCUGAGCCUUGUCUCCACCGUGAAGUGGUCCCUGUGCAAGGCACUGGCAGGAGCAAGCCCUGCUCCCCCCUAGCUCUCAGCAAGGUGCUGGCAGGGAGUUUUACCUGUGGGAAUAGCCAGGGAGUCCUUCAUGCUGCCCUGAGGGACCCCACCUGGCCCAGGCAGUGACAGACAAAGGAGCCAGGGCAUUUUCCCUCCAAGAUGGGGUAAAUGGUGUCACCUCACCCCACUCAAAGAGACAAAAGCUGCCUGAAAGCAAAGAGCUGAGGGAGUUGCUGCUUCAGGGUAUUGCUGCUUUAGUCCUCUCCAUAUGUUGGAGCCAUGCAGAUAUCCAUCUUUCCCUGGAAAAGCUGAAGCACCCCUUUGCCUCCUGGAUGCUUUUAGAUGGCCUAGCAACAGCGUGGAGGGACACAUCACCGUGGGCUCUGUGCUUUAAGCUGGGUGCGGUAGGACACAGUACCACAGUGCCAAGUGAUGCCCAGCUUUUGCACCCAGGGAGCAGGACACUGCUUUUUAGUGAGGACAAGAAGUUGCAUUGUGAUUAUCCCCUGUGCAGAAGAGAGCCCUUCUCACACUUCUGGCUUUGUCAGAGACCAGUUUUGGUCCCUUGCUCUUUCUCCAUUAAACUGCCCUAACAUCUUGUCUUUUCCAGGCUGCCCUCAAUGCGGGAGCACCCCUGUUUGCAGAGGCAACAAGCGUACAGCAGCAGGACCCUGUGCAGGCUGCAGAAGCCAGGUGUUGCUGCCAUUUGUAUUUGCUUUGGCCCCACUGAUAACUGCUCAUCUCGCUCAGCCUGGGAAGGCAUUUAAUGCAGACAAAAGGCAUUUGCAGAAAAACAAGUGCUGGAGAGCUCUGGAAAUUGCAUUUUAACAGGGCCCAGUUUACACUCCAUGGUAAUAACUGGCAGCUGGUUGUUUCCAGCAGGGAGCUGAAUAGCCCUGGUGUACUUGGCAUCCCAAAUGAUAGAUGUGGUAUGUAUGUGUUUUCCAGUACUCCCCUUGGGAGUAAGAUACAUGCCGGUUUGGCUCACUGUCUGCCACCACCUAGCCCACCACAGGCGGACUCUGGGGUCUUCUGGUGGCUACUUACAGCCCAGUAUGGUCACAUCAAACCAGAGACAGCCACUUGUGCCCUGGAGGCCUUAAACAUCCCAAGGAAUACGGCAGGACAGCCCAGGGCCACGUACACCCAACCUGCUUUUCCAGAGGGUGAGGGGAUGCAGCUUGCAGGGAGCUGUAGUCUCUGGGACACCCAUGGAAGAGCAGUGCCAUCCCGCUCCAUUUUGGCUGAGUGAGGUGUGUACCUGACUUCUAGACCCUGGGUUGGGUAGAAGGUGACUCCUUUGCUCUCAGCAUUACAGCUGCUCAGGGCACAGGCUGAGCCCAAACCAGCUAAGAGCAAGUGCAGCCCCACUUCCCUGUCUGUAUCGCAGCCUCUGCGGGCAGGCACCAUCUGGUUUUCUUUUGGUGACUGUGAUAUAUAAUGCAGCACUGAGAUGGAGCUGUGUCCAGGUGUUGCUUACACUGUGUAGGUUUAGCACUGGUAAGGUGUUUAUCUUAGCAGCUUGUAAAGGGAUCAGAGCUGAAAACUGAGGUGUGGGCAUGUUGCAGCUGCCAGCAAUGCAGCAGGGAGGAGACAGGACUUGAAAGCCCCUUUUUUGAGGCAGCAGCAUCUCUGUCCAAUCCCCACCUUUCCCUUCUCCCACUGUCCACACUCCAAACCUGAGCACCCUCCAAGGUGGGGACAUUUGGUACAUCUUGUCUCACUGGGCCUUGUUCUUGAGAACCUGCUAUGGGUAUCAAUAAACAGAGCAACAGCCAGGAGAGGCUGUAGCAGCAUGGUCAGCUCAGACAGCACCUAAAUUGUGGUGAGAGGAAAAAAUCGAUUUCAUUCUCUCUUUGAAAUGCCACAAGCAUUGACUGGAGGCAGUAUUUAGGUCUUAUGUAUAGGCGGCAGCAUGUACUGCACAGAAGCUGAGCAGCGAGGGACUUGUCAGCACUGGAGGUUUCCCUGGGAAAAUUCAGAUGCCAAUGGGGGAAGGUGUUUAUAGACUGGGAACAAAGGAGCUUUCUUGUGCAUUUAUUUGGGUUUUUUUCUGGAGGCUCUGGUAUGUAACAUCCGGGGACAAGAAGACUCUCUCAGAGUUUGCUGGAGGUGACCUUUUCUUCUCAUCAAACCUUGAUGUUUGUCCUUCUGUGCUGCCCAUUCCCAGCUUCUCAGUGCAUUGAUGUAACUGGUGACACCAGCGCUGGGUAAAGUGGCUUAGAGUCAGUGCUUUCAAAUAGAUGAGCUUGGCCUGUUUUCUCAGUUCUUGGGAUCUUCUAGAUUUACCAUCUUACAGCAUGCAUUUAUCUCUCAGGACAUUCCCCAAAAGCUGUGGAUGCUACAGAUACAUGGCUCUUCAUUGUGGUUUUGGUCACAGCCCUUGCCUGACAGCAUGGAGACAAUCUCUAGAUGGGAUGGAAAAUUUGGUGCCAGCAUGGUUUUGCUUGGGUCUUUUUUCCCAGCCACAACCAUCCUGCCUGUAUUGCAGUGCACACAGUGGAGGAAAGGGGCUGUCACCCAGUAUACAACUGUCUCAUGGGGAAUCAACUGUGGCACCUCCUGCCUUUGGCCAGGAGUGUCAGACAGUGUUUCCCACACUCUUCCUCACUCCAUCCCCCUGCUCCGUACUUAUCCU